ACUUAUUUCAUCUUUCUCUGUUCGUUUUUGUAACAAAACCUCGUCUCUGUUUCUCUCCGAUGGAUCCCAAGGUCGGAAUCGCGGUGGCGUUUAUGUGCAUUGUAGUUGCCGGCGUCGGAGGUCAAUCUCCGGCUUCUGCGCCUGCUGCGGCGACGACGGGGACUCCUCCGACGGCCUCACCUUCAAAGCCUGAAUCUCCGGCUCCUGCUUUGGCUCCACGUAUUGCAGUUUCCGCUCCCCAGGCCAAUGCUCCGGCCGCCGCGCCUGUAUCCCCGCCUGCCCAGACACCAUUGUCCUCACCUGUUUCGGCUCCGGUAUCCUCUCCGCCGGCUGCCACUCCCGUUCAGUCUCCCGCCCCGGAACUUGCAACUCCCCCCGCUAAAGUCCCCGUGGCUGCUCCGACUCAGGCUCCAACUCCGGCAUUGCUCAGCCCACCUGCGCCUCCCAGCGAAGCCCCCGGACCUAACCCCGACUCCAUCUCUCCCUCUCCGGCAGGCCUUAAUGAUCAGAGUGGAGCAAUGAAGGUGACGAGUAUGGUGGGAAGCUUGGUGAUUGGAUGGGCUGUGUUGAGCUGCCUUCUGUUCUAGAGACUAUACAAGAAUUGCACCCAUCACCGUAUUGUUGAUGAUUUUGAUAUAUAGAUAUUAAUUAUACACUCUUGUGAUAUGGCACGGGGAAUGAUACUUUGGUUUCGGCCGUUUAGGAUUAGCCUUUUCGCUUCAUUAUAUUCCUUUUUUCAUUCUUUUGAUGUAUGAUGAGAUGACCCUUGUAGUGUUUAUUAUUUAUAUAUUCUGCUUCUACAAUAAUUUUUCUGUUA